CUCACUCCUGGGCAGCAGGGGGCGGUAUGACAACACCAAGGCGACCCGACUUCGCUUUUGCGCUAAAAAGAAGACCGGGCCCAGUGGCGCCUAUUUGAAUCAAGGAGCAACACGGAAGUGUCAUCAAAAUGUCACUGAAUAACUUCCAAGACAUUCAGGAAUCUCUGGAUGCACUGGUGGACUUGACCAGCAGUCAACCUGAGAUACUAACUCAGAUGAGAGCUGCGCAGCAGACCUUUUAUGAUCGACAUGUGGAGACAAAAGAGACAGUGAUGCAGAUUUUAAAAGAUGUGACUCAGCAAGAGGAGGUUGUAGUCCACCACCUUACUGACAUGAAGGAGAAGAAGAUGCUACAGGAAAAAGAGCAGGAGAACCUGGACGAUCAGCUGAGGCAGUUAACUGCCAAGAAUCAAAUGUUGGACUCAGAAUUGCGGUUCCUGCAGAGCGAGUUGGAACGACUGAGGAGCCCGGACGACGAGCUCACAAUGUUGCAGAAUGAGGUGGACGAAGACACCACAGAGAUCAUCCCUUCUGCAAUAUAUGUUGCAAAGCUGAACUACCUAAUAACCAGGAUCGAUUGGGAAUAUGAUACAGAGCCGCACAUCCUUAAAGGAGUGCAUUAUGGGCCAGAUGUUGCAACUCCCAUCAACAUCGACACCACUGUGACAUCUCAAAGUGACAUAGCUGACCAGUUAUGGAGUUUUGUGAGUGAUGAGUGGUAGAGGAGUGCGUUUGUCCAUCUUGUAAGCAAGCUUUCUGUGUCAUUCACUUGUUUAGCCACUAGGUGUCGCUAAGUCUUUAUAAUAUGCAGUUUAUUGGUUAUUUCUAUUAUUUUGAGGUAGCAGUUAUGCAACUGAUAAUUUCACUUGUAUUUUCUUAUUUACUUUUGUACAAAUUUAACCAUCAAUUAAACAUUUGAAAACAA